UCUCGUUUUUUUGCCCGUCCAUAUGAUUCGGAUUCUGAUUCGGAUUCUGAUUCAUCCACUGAAGAAUUGCUUUCUUCCUCUGAAGAAGAAGAAGAAUUAUUAGAUUCCUCUGACGAAGAUGAAGAUGAAGACCAAAGUGACGAUGAACAAGGAGAUGACAAUGAGUCAGAUGACGAUGACAAACCUGCCAAUGCCAAAAACGAUUUUUUCAAAAAGGGUUCCACACUAAAGUCUGAUUCCGAAUCUGAUUCUGACGAUGAUAACAAAGGUGUAGUCGUUAAAAGUGCUAGGGAAAAAUUAAUUGCUGAUAUACAAGAAACCGCUGACAAAAUAGCAGAUAUCCAAAUUUCUAAUGAUCUUGAUUUCUUGUCUCUCUUAGAUCUUUUUUCAAGAUUAACAAAUUUCUUAUCAAGAGCUAAGCAAUUAAAUCUUUCAAUACCUCCUGCUUAUAUUUCAACUUUAGUAGAAUUGGAUUACUUUAUCAGCGAUCAACAGCAAGAUAACUCAAUUAAAAAGUUAAAUGCUUCCCAAACUAAGGCCUUCAAUAUUUUGAAACAAAGAGUUAGAAGAUCAACAAAAGAAGAUGACUUUCAAGAAUUGAUCAAGUUGUUUAAAGAAAAUCCUGAUGGAUUUGAGGAAGCUGCUAAUUCUUUAGAAUCUCAAAGAAACGUCCCAAUUGCCCCAGUUUCUACUCUUAAAACUACCGCCAUCGCUGAUAAGGCUGAUAUUUUUACUACUUUAGAAUCUGUUGCAGAAUUACGUGGUAAGAAAAAUGUCAAUCGUUAUGAUCAAAUUUCCAUCCUUGAAUCGGUUAUACCAGAUGCAACCACUCCUUUUCAAUCAAUUUUAACUUAUCUCAUGUUAGUUCCUCUUAGAUUUGACACUUCUUUAAAUUCAAGUUCCAUGCCUUUAGAACAAUGGAAUAAAGCCGAAAAGGAUAUAUCUGAUUUAUUUACUAUCUUGGAAAAAAAUUCUUCGAAAUAUAGAGUUUUUGAAACUGCAAAACCACAAGUUGACCCAUACGUUGAACCAACUCCAUCGGUAGAUGGCUUUAUUGAAAUCAUUGGUUCAAUUGGUUCUUUUAUUGAAAGAUUAGAUGAUGAGUUGACUAGAUCUCUUCAAACCAUUGAUCCACAUUCAACUGAAUAUAUUGAUAGAUUAAAAGAUGAACUAAAAAUUUACAAAUUGAUCUUAAGAGCUCAAUUGUAUUGUGAAUUAAUCAAUGAAAACCACCCUGAAGAUACUCAGUUUGCUAGAGUUAUCUUAAGAAGAAUUGAUCAUAUCUACUAUAAACCAAUUCAAUUGAUAAGUUAUACCGAAAAGGUUUCUUGGGAAGGCACUACCAAGUCCUCAAAGAUUACUCCUUAUUCAAAAAACCUGGAUAGCUAUGGCAAAGCUUAUGCUAAUACUUUAAUGGAUUCUUUAUGUUCUGUUCUUUACACACAAUCUAAUGCUGUCUUUAGAAAGAAAGCUAUGUUAAGCCAUAUUUAUUAUUAUUCUUUUAAUGAUCAAUAUUAUAAAGCAAGAGACAUGCUAUUAAUGUCUCAUUUACAGAGUACAAUUCAUACAUCUGAACCUAUUUUGAAAGUUCUUUUUAACAGAUCCUUAGUUCAAUUAGGUAUGUGUGCUUUUAGAACUGGUUUGAUUGCUGAGUCUUUUGAAAUCUUAAAUGAAAUUGCAACUUCUUCAAAUCAAAAAGAAUUAUUAGGUCAAAACACUUCAAGAUAUACUCAGCAUCAGUUUAACUCUGCCGAAAGACAACGAUCUUUACCAUUCCAUAUGCAUAUUAAUUCCGAACUCUUAGAUUGUGUAUUUUUAACUUGUUCAUUAUUAGUAGAGAUUCCACAAAUGACCCAAGUUAUUGAUUCAAAAAAGAAACCUCCUUCAAAAUCCCUUAAAAAAUUAUUAGAAUAUAAUGAACGUCAAUAUUUCCAAGGCCCUCCAGAAAAUACCAAAGAAUCUAUAACACAUGCUGCCAAAGCUUUACAGCAAGGUGAUUGGCAAAAAUCUUAUAAUUUUAUAAACGAGGUUAAGAUUUGGUCACUAUUUACCAACUCAGAUGAAAUAAAACAAAUGAUUCAAUCCAAAUUACAAAUUGAAGCUUUAAGAACUUAUAUUUUCCAAUUUAAAAAAUACUAUGAUAAAUUAUCAAUAGAAAAAUUAGCUGCAAGAUUCUCUCUUAAGGAAAAUCAAAUUAUAUCUAUUGUUUCUAAAAUGAUAUUCAAUGAAGAAAUAGAUGCUGCUUUAGAUCAAAAAAAUGGUUCCAUUUCAUUCAAUAAAAGCUAUGAGUUAACCAAACUACAACAACUAUCAUUGUUGUUAGCUGAAAAAGCUGGUUCAUUAGCCGAAAAAAAUGAGAGAUUAGCAGCUGGUGGUCAUCAACAAAACCAAGGUAAU